AAAAAGUCAACCUCCAAAUUCAGGAACACCUCGCCCUCCCCUACGAACUGAACAACCUUCCCUUCGAAUGCACUCCAUCAAUUUCUUAUAAACAAAAACGCAACUGAUUCUGACUAGUAACAUCUCACCCAAUCCGAAGAUUCUCCCUUUCACUCUCUCACCAUCCCCACUCAAACUACAAUCUGAUAUUUAGGAAUAGAUCCUCUCACAAAAUCAAAAACCCACAAAACCCACAAGACCACAUGUUAAAAUUCAAGCAAACCCACCAUUCCUUUCCUAGUUGAUCGAACUCACCUGUGACUUGCGUGGCUUGACUUGGCUUGUGGGUGCUGUUGUUGUAUCUAAGUGAUGGUGGAGAUCUUACCGCUAGGGCGGUUCAGCCACCAGAGACUGGAAUGGAAGCGGUGGGUACCGGCGUUCAUGUCCUCCCACAAGACCCUCUUCAUGGUGCUUUGGAUCGCCGCCUUUGCCUCGGUUUUCGUGUGGCAGAGGAACAUCGUGGACGGAUUCUGGGUGUUCGGGCGUGCCCAGAUGAAGCCCAUGCCGAGGCUGAGGCCUGUGGCAUUCAAUCUGACGGACUUUGGAGGGGUCGGCGAUGGGGUCACUGUGAACACCGAGGCCUUUGAGAGAGCAGUCUCGGCGAUCUCCAAGUUGGGGAAGCGAGGUGGUGCCCAGCUCAAUGUGCCUCCUGGGCGGUGGCUUACGGCGCCGUUUAAUCUCACUAGCCAUAUGACUCUGUUCCUUGCUGAGGAUGCUGAAAUACUUGGAAUUCAGGAUGAGAAGUAUUGGCCGUUGAUGCCUCCUUUGCCUUCAUAUGGGUAUGGGAGAGAGCAUCCUGGACCUCGGUAUGGGAGUUUGAUUCAUGGUCAAAAUCUCAAAGAUGUCACUAUUACAGGGCAUAAUGGUACCAUAAAUGGACAGGGUCAAACAUGGUGGAAGAAGUAUCGCCAAAAGGUCCUUAACCACACUAGGGGCCCUCUUGUUCAGAUAAUGUGGUCAAGUGACAUUCUGAUCUCUAAUAUAACUUUGCGUGAUUCUCCUUUUUGGACACUUCAUCCAUAUGACUGCAAGAAUGUAACUAUCAGAAAUGUUACAAUCUUGGCUCCCAUAUUCGAAGCUCCAAACACUGAUGGAAUAGAUCCAGAUUCAUGCGAGGAUAUGGUGAUUGAGGACUGUUACAUAAGUGUUGGGGAUGAUGGAAUUGCAAUAAAGAGUGGCUGGGAUCAGUAUGGAAUUGCUUAUGGACGUCCUUCAAUGAAUAUACUCAUCCGAAACCUUGUUGUUCGCUCUAUGGUCAGCGCCGGCAUAUCAAUAGGCAGUGAAAUGUCUGGUGGUGUAUCUAAUGUCACUGUGGAAAACCUCCUUGUCUGGGGCUCAAGGCGUGCGGUUCGUAUCAAGACUGCCCCUGGUAGAGGUGGAUAUGUGCGACAAAUAACCUACAGAAAUCUUACAUUUGAUAAUGUCCGUGUUGGAAUUGUCAUCAAAACAGAUUACAAUGAGCACCCUGAUGAUGGGUAUGAUCGAAAGGCUCUCCCAGUGCUUGAGGACAUUAGUUUCACCGGUGUCCAUGGCCAGGGAGUUCGUGUGCCAGUCCGUAUCCAUGGGAGUGAAGAAAUUCCAGUAAGAAAUGUGACUUUCCGAGAUAUGUCAGUGGGGUUGACAUACAAAAAGAAGCAUAUAUUCCAGUGUGCCUUUGUUGAAGGUCGUGUAAUAGGGACCAUCUUCCCUGCUCCUUGUGAGAAUCUCGAUCGAUACGAUGAGCAAGAACGGCUUGUUAAACGCUCAUUCGCCCAGAAUAUAACAGACAUAGAUUAUGAUUUUUGAGAAGGUGAUGGGUCCAAAAUCUCCCUGCCUCAUCUUUCUGGAGAUCGAUGACCUCUGUUUCUGUUUGAAAUGUUUUGGGUGGAUAAGGUUGGGGGAGGGGGCAGUCGAUGUUAUUUGUUAUGUUUUUUCAUGUGGUCUUUUUCGUUUUUCACCUCCAUUUUAUUAAGGGGAAAGGAAGUUAAUGAAUGGCAGAAGGGUGGAAAGAACGUUGAUAGAUGGAUCCAUCCGAAGAGCUCUUCUUGCUUAGAGCUUUCUAAUUUCAUGGAGUUGUAUAUACCAGGAAUUCUCAGAUGCUUAUACAAAUCUUUUAGUACCA